CUGACCUUGGCGUUGUUCUGUAUGAAACGCUAGGAUUCGUGCUCGAGGGGAAUAAUCCCAUGGUUCCCUCUUGCUGUCGAUUUAUAUCCACAGCUAUCACACUUUCCUCAUUUUACUGGCUGCCAAACAACACAGCACUGCGGCGAUUUCAAGCCUUUGGGUUGGUGCUGGAACUUCUGGAGCAGCGUGAAUAUUAGGAUACCUGUUCCGGCUUCUGUCUAGCUCAAGGCAGACUGGACAUGGCCUGAAUCCCCAUUCUGUCAUUUAUGUUCCGAAGUAUAUUCAACUCCAGGCGUGUGAACAAGGCGCGCAAACGUUUAAUAUCGUCUGUAUCCUCAACUGCAAUGACAAUUCCUGGCAUUUCUUUUGCUGGACUUGAGCUACGCUGCGGCAACCAGGACAACCCUGGCUUGGAUAUUUCUGACGAAUCUAUUCGCGAGGAUACUCCGGGAUUGCACUUCGAAGUGGACGCCGAAAACUCCACCGUUUUUACGGAGGUUCCAAUCGCGCACUCACUGCCUUCUGAUGUUUCCAUCGAUUCUUCCCCGACCACAUGUCCGUUUUCAAAAAAGCACCAGGAUUCGAACGACGAAAGCACCAUUCUUGUUGAACUUCCCUUGCCACAAAUUAUUCGCUUGCUAGUAAAAAUCAUGGAGCCCGAUAGUGUGUUCGCCCUAGACACUUUGCUUCAAUCAACCUCGACAUCUGAAGCUGAAGUUGCAAUAUCAACCCGAAUUGUUAGUGACUGCGUAUUCCUAGCUCAUUUCUACUACUCCUACUAUUCUACUCGCCCUGCCUUGUUUGGUUUCACACUGCCACGAUCACAACCUCUAUCGAUUCCCCGAGGCUGUGCGACGAUCCGUCACUAUGCAUCCAAGCGUCAACUUCCACGAGGUGGUCGAGGGAACUCCUUUCGUGCAUUUCCCGACUGCGAUUUCUUUCAACUCGGCUUCGGUCGGGUCCGAUCGAAAACGAUGAAGUUCCUUAAUUCCUUCGAUUUGCAAAGAUCCUGUGAGGUUUCCCUUCGUAGCCCGUCUCUGUUUUGUGUGGAUCCGCUGUUUGCCGUGUGCAAAGCAUGGCGCUGGCCCGAUUUACGUCCCGGUGAAUGGGUGCGUCGUCUUCCAGUAUGCCGCGCAACCACACGGUCUAACGAAUCCUGUCGUCUCUGUAUCAAUCCACAUCAUUGGAGCCGUGUGCUAUAUCCAAUCGACCCUCUUUCUUCAUCCGAGACAACAGAAUUCGAUGAGCGAAUUGCUGGGGAACCAGAUCUACUUCGUGUUGGAAUAUCCGCAAUUCGCAGACGAUCCAACACCUUCCUCCUGUCGUUCAGUGAACCAACUACUCCUGACAAGGGUUCACAAGCUGUGGAAUUGGAUUCCUUGGAGGAUUUUUCAGUCACAUCUCGGUUAGACGCCAGUCAACCUGUUCUGAGUGGGCCAGGUUCAUCUUUGCCGAAUGCCACUACCUCUACCGAUCGUGAAGAGAAUAAUAUACUCAUUCGUGACAGCCUGAGAAACGGUUCUGAAACUCCACCAAUUGGAUCAUCAUUGAAGAACCCUUCAUCUGGAUCUACAAUCAAGGUUCUGAACGCGUCUCUCGCAACCCAGCAAUCACCCGAAAAUAGCAGAUCUACGGUUAUCACGGAACUGUCCACGGAAGAGUACGGGACGCACGGUUUCCUCACCUGCGGAACUUCACCUAAUUCUUCCACGUCCACUACGUCCGCUACAGAUGAUUCAGGACCACGCACUAGGGCCAAAAAACCCCGGCCUUCAGAUAGCACUGAAUCUUGUGUGGGAAACCUAGACCACACUAGAUCCGGUUCCGAACGCUGUUGGGCCCAUCUGUCCUAUUGGGAAGGUGACCGCCAUGUUGCACAGAGUUGGUACAAAUUGACUGAUUGUGUAGUUUAUGUGGUGUAUGAUGAUGAUCCCUCAAAGUCCCAGUUCACUAGUCGCUUACACGAUCGCAUUGGCACUCGGCGUUCUAGAGGUGUAACGUGUAUUCGCCUUUCAACGCUGGUCCACCGUCCCAAGACACCAUCUCCAUUUACUCCAUCGACAGACAGUUCAGCUUUGCCCCCUUGUGUUACAUGUAACAGGAUAGCGCUGUCCAAACCUUGUCCUGAUCCUGUCAGUUCCCUUGGACGGGGAGAACGGCUCUAUAGAAAUAUCUGUUAUCCUCGUUUUUCCGAGCGGUCUUCAAGUUGGCGUCAGUGCUAUCGCCUCGGCAACCAGGGGCUUGUGUUAACUCUCACCCCACAAGGUCGCGUUUGGUUAGCAAACCAAACACAGUCCUCCGAAAACCUCCCCAUAUUUGUGUCUUCCUCGUGCCUGUCGUCAGAUGCAAAGAGAGGGGCAGGUGCACCCUGGGUUGUCCGAAGAGUUCCAUCGGGCUAUUCCAUCGUCGUAUUCGAUCUGGUCCUUUUUCGCAAUCACGUGGCACAAUCCUCAAGGGACACAAUCGUGCAUUUCCCAAAUGGACUCGGUAAGGCUACUAUUCAGCAGUUAAAUCCACCCGUUCCAGUUGUGCAUAUUAGUCUUGGUAAAGGUUGGGGUCCCUCUUACCGUCGUCCCGAUUUUACUCACUGUCCAGCAAGACUCGAGCUAUGGAUUAAUGUUGAACAAUUGUCUGUGGUUGGUGCAGUCAGUUGAUCUGCACCACUUUCUGUGUUGCUCAUGUAUCAUGUUUAUCCCCUUGGCUUCCUGCCUCUUUCCUGGCAUCUACGCCUUCCGUAUCCGCUCUCAUUGCAUUUGAGGUGCACAAAGAUUUACUUGCCAUCCUGAUAGCUUUUGAUUUAUUUCACUUUUUUCAGGUAUUCUAGCGAUCUUUUAUUCUACUAUCUCAUCCAUUCAAACCCAGGUUAUUUUAUCCCGGUCAAUGAGUUCACAAAAUGUAUUCAUUCCUCAGUUUUCAACGUUGUGUGAAAGCCUUUUCUCAUCCUCGACACCUCCACUAACCUGUGUAAAUUCUUUCAUUUCAUUUUUCUCCGUUGGUGUCGCGAGCUGUGAUAUACCAUAACUAAU